AUGACUACUUCAUCAAAUAAUGGUCAGCUUGACGUAGUUAAAUAUCUUUUUUCAAUUGGGGUUAAUCCAGAAGGAAAAGAUAAUAAUGGAUGCUCUCCAAUACAUGCUGCAUCAGAAAAUGGUCAUAUUGAUGUAGUUAAAUAUCUCAUUCAAUGCGGAGUCGACAAAAAUGAUUUAAACAAUCAUAAUGAUUCUUCACUUCAUUAUGCUGCAUCUUUUGGGCAUUUUGAUCUUGUUAAAUAUUUAGUUUCGAUUCGUGUCGAUUUAAAUCAUAAAGACAAUGAAGGAAAAACUCCACUUGAUUGUGCGAAAGAGAAGCAAAACGAAAAUGAAGAAUUCAGAAAUAUAAUUGAAUUCCUAGUUCAAUCAGGCGCGAAAUAA